AUGGAUAUUGGAGAGAAGACUUAUAAUUGCUAUGAUUAUGGUAAAGUUUUUAACCAGUCUCCAAAGCUUGUUCAACAGCAGAAUAUUCAGAGUAAGUGGAAACUUUGCAAGUGUAAUACAUGUGGAAAAGUCUUUAGUAACUCACCAAAUCUAGGUAGACAUAGGAAAAUUCAUACAGGAAGGAAACAUUUCAAAGGUACAGCAUGUGGCCAAACCUUUAAUCAGAGUUCAUAUUUAACUGAACAUUUGCGAAUCCAUGCUGGGGAGAAACCAUACAACUGUACAGAAUGUGGCAAAACCUUUAUCUGCUGUUCAUGCGUUACCCAACAUAAGCAAAUUCAUACUAGGGAGAGACCUUAUAAAUGCACAGCAUGUGGCAAGGCUUUUAAGCAGAGUUCAACUUUAACUCAACAUCAACGAAUCCAUACUGGGGAGAGACCUUAUAAAUGUACAGCAUGUGGUAAGGCGUUUAAGCAGACUUCAGCUUUAACUGAACAUCAGCGAAUCCAUACUGGGGAGAGACCUUAUACAUGUGCAGAAUGUGGCAAAGCCUUUAUCUGUCAUUCAUUUCUUACACGACAUCAACGAAUCCAUACUGGGGAGAGACCUUAUAAAUGUACAGCAUGUGGCAAGGCUUUUAACCAGAGUUCAAAUUUAACUCAACAUCAGCGAAUCCAUACCAGGGAAAGACCCUAUAAAUGUACAGAAUGUGGCAAAGCCUUUACCAAUUAUUCAGUUCUUAUUCGACAUCAAAGAAUCCAUACUGGGGAGAGACCUUAUAAAUGUACAGCAUGUGGCAAGUCUUUUAAGCAAAGUUCAGCUUUAACUGAACAUCAGCGAAUCCAUACUGGGGAGAGACCUUAUAAAUGUACUGCAUGUGGAAAAGCGUUUAUCCAUUAUUCACUUCUUACUCGACAUCAACGAAUCCAUACUGGGGAGAGACCUUAUAAAUGUACAGCAUGUGGCAAGGCUUUUAGGCAAAGUUCAGCUUUAACUGAACAUCAGCGAAUCCAUACUGGGGAGAGACCUUAUACAUGUAUAGACUGUGGCAAAGCCUUUUCCCAGAGUUCAAGUCUUUCUCGACAUCAGAGAGUUCAUACUGCAGAGAAAUGUUAGAAAUGUAAGGAA